CCAAGCCCAUCGUGCUUCGUGCCAAAUGGGUUCGGGCCAAGAAAGCCCAAACAAUUUUUGGGCCGUGCCGUGCCAGCCCGAAGUGUAAAAACAGUGGCCCAGCCCGGCCCUAAACCACGCCGUGCCUUCGUUGGGCCGUGCCGGCCCAAACCCGGCCCGUAUAUUUGACCACAUAAAAUCAAAAUAUUAUUACCAUAUAAAGUUCAUAUCUUACUAAAUUAAAGAUAUUAAACAAUUAUAGCAUCAUUUAACCACAUAAACUCUAAAUAUAACAACAAUAUAAACUCAAUAUCUUACUAAAUUAAAGAGAUUAAAUAGUUUGGGCUUAAUUGGGCCGUGCCGGCCCAAGCCUGGCCCAUCUAUGCGUGCCGUGCUGGGGGCCCGACGGGUCGGAAUUUGAGGCCCGGCCCAGGCCCGCCUUCGGGCCGUGCUAGCCCGGCCCAUAUUAUUUCGUGCCGGGCCGUGCUUUGGGCUCUUAUUUUCGGGCCGUGCUCGUGCUGGCCCGAAAAGCCCGGCCAGAUUCGCAGCACUACGCGUGGCUCUGCAGGGUGGGGCUGCACCCGGACGUGGCCUUGGAGUACGCGCUGCUCUUCGCGCGCAACCAGCUCGGCGCCGCCGACGUGCGCCACCUGGACCACGAGUUCCUCCUCAGCAUGGGCGUCGCCGUCGCCAAGCACCGCCUCGAGAUCCUCAAGCUCGCCAGGAAGGAGUCGUCGUCGUCCCACCGCAAGGCCGCCGCCAUCGCCGUCGUCCUGCCGUGGCGCGCCACCAGGCUGCUCGCCGCGGCGGUGCACCGGUCCGCGCGCUCGGCGCUCGGUCGCCUCCGCGCCUGCCGGGACCGGAACCGGGAGCGGGGCAGGGACAGGGACAGGGCGGCGGCCGUCCUCGCCACGCAGCGCGUGCCUUUGCUGCGGCACCGCGGCGGGAGGGUCGCGCUCGCGCAUCGCCACAGCAGCUGCUGGAGCAAGGCCGCGCCGCCCGUGGCUACCAUCCGUACUGGCGGGAAGCUGCUGGUCAAGACGCUGCCCGCGCCCGCUGCCUCCAUAGCCGCAUGCCGCCUCGUGAGCACGGACGUCUGCAGCUGCGACGAAGACGAGGAGGUGGCGGUGAUGGACGGCGGCGAGGCGAUGCGGUGGGAGUCCAUGUUCCAGGACCUGAGGCCAACUUAGGCCCGGGCGCUCGCGUGCCGACGAGUGCGCCCUGUUCUUGCCUCUUCCUGCCGCCAUCCAACCGUGCACGUACGCACGUACGUACCGCGAGCGAAGACGACGCCAGUGCUCGGUCAGUGGUCACCACUGCUCACUAGCUAGCUUACCUGCUGUCUUGAGUGUCUGUCAUUGCAACCGUGUAAAAAUAAUGCCCAUGUGUCAGUCAUUCUCUGAAACUUUGAGCCCGGAAUCGAUGCAUGUGCACGCACACAUGACAUGACACACCACACAGACGUUGUAAAUUCUGUUCUCGCUGCUUGUGCGAUCGGAUCACGAGUUUAUGAUGAUCAAAAAAAAAAUGCCUGCAACAUUUUCGUUCCUGGCUUCCUGCUGUGAAG